CCUCCUCCUCCUCGCUUUCCUGGGGCUCGGCCGCCGCGCCGCGGGGCUGCUCCACCUUGGGAGCCCGGGCACCCGCGGCGAUGUUCAACCGCGCCGUGAGCCGCCUGAGCAGGAAGCGGCCGCCGUCAGACAUCCAUGACAGUGAUGGCAGUUCCAGCAGCAGCCACCAGAGCCUCAAGAGCACAGCCAAGUGGGCCUCCUCCCUGGAGAGUCUACUGGAAGACCCGGAAGGCGUCAAGAGAUUUAGGGAAUUUUUGAAAAAAGAAUUCAGUGAAGAAAAUGUCUUGUUUUGGCUAGCAUGUGAAGAGUUUAAGAAGAUGGAAGAUAAGAAGCAGAUGCAGGAAAAGGCCAAGGAGAUCUACAUGACCUUCCUGUCCAAUAAGGCCUCGACACAAGUCAAUGUGGAGGGGCAGUCUCGGCUCAAUGAGAAGAUCCUGGAAGAACCACACCCUCUGAUGUUCCAGAAACUUCAGGACCAGAUCUUCAAUCUCAUGAAGUACGACAGCUACAGCCGCUUCUUAAAGUCUGACUUGUUUUUGAAACACAAGCGAACCGAGGAAGAGGAAGAAGAUACGCCCGAUGCUCAAACUGCCGUGAAGCGAGCUUCCAGGAUUUACAACACAUGAGCACCCCGAAGACCUGGGCCUGCUGCCUCUGCCCGCGGGGGCAAAGGGACACCCCCUCAGGACUGUGGGGGGGGGGUUUCUCCUUGCUUUGUCAUGUGCAAGGACUGAAAUAUACAAAACCCUUCAUGGGACAUGUAUAUUUGAUUAACUGCUUGACCAGUGAGUUUUGCAUGAUGGCUAAUUUUACAUAAAAAAAAAAACAACCCAAGUAGCUUUGAAGUUUCAGCUCACAAAACCAAUGAGAUUCUUUCAACACUGGACACCUGGAGCAUUUUAAGCUUGAUUAAAUUUCAUGUGAGGGCACAG